AUGAAAAUAUCGAGCAGACAAAAGUAUCAGACAAGUGAAAGUGUCAGGCAAGUGAAAGUGUUAGGCAAGCAAAAGUGUUGGGCAAGCAAAAGUGUUGGGCAAGCAAAAGUGUUAGGCAAGCAAAAGUGUUGGACAAGCGAAAAUAUCAGGCAAGUGAAAGUGUCGGGCAAGCAAAAGCAUCGAGCAAGUGAAAGUAUUAGGCAAGCAAAAGUAUUGGCAAGCGAAAGUGUUAGGCAAGUGAAAGUGCUGGGCAAGCGAAAGUGUCAGGCAAGU